AUGUGUGUGUGUGUGUGUGUGUGUGUGUGGCACACACAACAAAGACCUUCUGUGACUCUCUCUCUCACACACUCACACACACACACUCUCUCUCUCUCUCUCUCUCUCACACACACACACACACACACACACACACACACACACACACACACACAUCAAACAUUGGGGAAGAGUAGACAUUUAGUGGACUCAGGCGUGGCUAAGGGAGGGAAGGGGGGCCUGGGCAGCGGUCUCUGGGGGCAGGAGGGACCCCACCAUGGGCGCCACCCCAAGCGCCCUGUGCGGGAUAGGGAGAGUGACAGGAAGCAACCAGGGCCCCACCACCAGCACAACGGGACCUUCCACCCCCAGAAACUAGGCUUCCUGCCAGUUGAGGGAGGCCAUGAGGACAAGCUGAAGUUUGUGGAGGAGGAUUUUCCCUCACUCAACCAAUCAGAGAGCAGUGGGAAGCCGGUGGCCCAGCCUCAUGCCGUAGGGUCUCCUGUAGGAGUUAGGGAGCACCCUCCUAGUGCCAAGCAGACCAUGACUAAGAUGUUGGUCAUCAAGAAGGUUUCCAAGGAAGACCCCAACACUGGUUUCGCCAACACGACGGUACCCCACCUAACCAACAGCACCAAAACCCCUAUCUCCUCAUCCAGUGUCUACAAGAACCUGGUGCCCAAGCCAGCUAUCACCCCAACCAAGGCUGGUCCCUGGAAGCCAAGCGGGAGAGAAACCAAAAGCAGUUUUAAUUUAUCCGGCUAGGACUCCGCCUUCACCAGUCCUGCUUCCUCUGUGACCAAACCUCUUACGCCUGUUACUCCCCCGACCUACGGAACCCCCAAGGAGCCUCCCUCCAGCAUCACCUCUCCCAUCGACGUCACCCUUCCUCGUCUGAAGCUGAUGUGUCGCAGCACCGACCGGAAGAGUGAGUUCCUGCGAGGCCUGAAGGAUGAGAGGAACGGGGACGGGCCCACCUCUACCAGUCCCUCAGACCCUAAGGAGAACAGAGGAGACUUACAGGAGAAUAUGAUCCCUCACACACUCAGCGACUCAGACACAGAUCACCUUUCCAGGCAGAACACAGGUUGAUCAAAGCUAUGGGCUGGCAGGAGUACCCAGAGAAUGAUGACAACUUCUUGCCCAUCACUGAUGCCGAGCUCCAAGAAUUUCAAGCUAAAAAUGAGAAGCUGAAGAGGAACGGGCUGGGCCAGAACGUUGUUCUCCUGAAGCCUCUUCUCAAGGGUGCGCCCCUGCCCCUGCUGUCCUGGAGAAACCCUGUUGAGCCUGAACUAGAAGAGGUCUCAGAGUCCGAGAGCACUAGCAGCAGCCAGACAUCAGACGACGCAGACACCUAA